AGGCCGGACUCCUGCAUGACUCCGCCGGCGCCGCCUCGGGACUUCGUGUCGGUGCUGCUGAGCCCGCGGCAGGGCCUCGACGGCAGCCAGAGCCCGCGGUCGCGGUCGUGCUGGAGGAAAUGGAAGCAGCUGUCGAGAUUACAGCGGAAUGUGAUCCUCUUCCUCCUCGCGUUUCUGCUGCUCUGUGGGCUCCUGUCCUACAUCAGCGUGGCUGACCAGUGGACAGCCCCAGCUGGCAGGUCCGCAGAAGAGCACAAGAUGAGACCAGCAAAGCCACCCGUCUUGCCAGCUCCUCAGAAGGCAGAUGCUAAGGCAGAACACGUCCCGGGGGUCUUACCUCAGAAGCCUCCACGGCAUUUCCGACGGGGACCACCCAACCUGCAGAUUAGAGCCCCCGAUAAAGGCUCGAAGGACAUGAGGCAGGGUGACACGCAGAGGAGGGAAGAGGCUGAAGGUGGCGCUCGCCAGAAAGAAAACGCCCAGAGAACCUGGAGGGGAGCAGUGAUUGAGCCUGAGCAGGGCACCGAAGCCCCCUCCAGAAAGGCAGACGCCCCCACCGGGCCUGCCUUGCAGGCCACCAGGAUUCAGAAUCAACCAGGCUCCCCGAACGGGCGCCAGAAGGCCGUGAUAGAGGCCUUCCGCCAUGCCUGGACCGGAUACCGCAAGUUUGCCUGGGGCCACGACGAGCUGAAACCUGUGUCCAGGUCCUUCAGCGAGUGGUUUGGCCUCGGCCUCACUCUGAUCGACGCCCUGGACACCAUGUGGAUUUUGAACCUGAAAAAAGAAUUUAAAGAAGCCAGGACAUGGGUGUCCAAGAAGUUAGUGUUUCAGAAGGAUGUUGACGUCAACCUGUUUGAGAGCACCAUCCGCAUCCUUGGGGGGCUUCUGAGCGCCUACCACCUGUCUGGGGACCACCUCUUCCUGGAGAAAGCGGAAGAUUUUGGGAACCGGCUGCUGCCCGCCUUCCAAACGCCCUCCAAGAUUCCAUACUCUGAUGUGAACAUCGGCACUGGGGUUGCCCACCCGCCGCGCUGGACCUCGGACAGCACGGUGGCCGAGGUGACGAGCAUUCAGCUGGAGUUCCGAGAGCUCUCCCGUCUCACGGGAGUUAAGAAGUUUCAGGAGGCCGCAGAGGAGGUGACGAGGCACGUUCACUCCCUGUCCGGGAAGAAGGACGGGCUGGUACCCAUGUUCAUCAACACACACACUGGCCUCUUCACCCACACGGGAGUGUUCACCUUGGGCGCCAGGGCCGACAGCUACUACGAGUACCUGCUGAAACAGUGGAUCCAGGGCGGCAAGAAGGAGACGCAGUUACUGGAAGACUACAUUGCAGGCAUCGAGGGCAUCAAAAGGCACCUGCUGCACAAAUCUGAACCCAGGAAGCUCACCUUUGUGGGGGAACUCACCCACGGCCGCUUCAGUGCCAAGAUGGACCACCUGGUGUGCUUCCUGCCAGGCACACUGGCUCUGGGCGCCCACCACGGCCUGCCUGCCGAGCACAUGGAGCUGGCCCAGGCCCUGAUGGACACCUGCUACCAGAUGAACCGUCAGAUGGAGACAGGCCUGAGCCCCGAAAUCGUGCACUUCAACCUGUACCCCCAGACGACCCAAAAGGACGUGCAGGUCAAGCCGGCCGACAGGCACAACCUGUUGCGGCCCGAGACGGUGGAGAGUCUGUUCUACCUGUACCGCUUCACGGGGGACCGCAAGUACCAGGACUGGGGCUGGGAGAUCCUGCAGAGCUUCAACACGUACACGCGGGUCCCCUCGGGCGGCUUCUCUUCCAUCAGCAACGUCCAGGACCCCCGCAACCCCCAGCCCAGGGACAAGAUGGAGAGCUUCUUCUUGGGGGAGACACUCAAGUACCUGUAUCUGCUCUUCUCCGACGACCCGGACCUGCUCAGCCUGGACACCUACGUGUUCAACACCGAGGCUCACCCCCUGCCCAUCUGGGCCCCUGCCUAGGGCGGGAUGGCUCCCAAGUGGGCGCUGCCCGGGGGUCUGACGCGUCCUGUCAUGGAGGCCCCUGGGUAGAUCCAGCCUCCUUUGACCUUGGCCAUGUGGUGUCCACCCAGCUGGCUGGACGUGCUCCAGGCCUGGCUGCUGAUGGAGCCCGGUGUGUGACGGGGCCGGGGUGUCUGGGGCCUCGUGAGAUGCUUGGGGCAGCUGCUGGGCGCCAGGUGGUCCUCCACUGGCUCUGGACUCCUCGUCUGUGGCUCUCAUCAGGACACCAUCAGGAGCGAGUCUGAAGAAAUCCUUGCUGUGAUUCAGGUGGUAGCGUCCUUGGGGACGGCUCCUUCCUUCUUCCUGAGGAAACUCGAAUCAUGACUUAAACAUUCCUGAAAACUGAACGUCCUCCUGUCGGCCCAUGCAAGAGCUUCUUGGGGGUCCCAGGGCCUCUGGUUGCCUUCUGUGGCUGCCGUGGGUCCUCAGUGCCCACACUGUGUUCAGAGACAAGCUGAGAGGCCAGCCAGGAUGCAGCUCGGCCUUGGCAUCUGAGCCUGUUGAUGUGCCCUGACCCGAGGGUCUCUGGGGGGGGCAUCUGUGAUCUCAUGGUUGUUCUGGCUCCUGGCCGGCUGUGGUGUUUACACGUUGGACUCAGGGAUCCUCCCCCGACCCUGCAGGGGCUGGAAGGGCUAGUGGGCAAGUUCAUCCUGCUCCCAGGCCACCCCGAUAAAAUGGACUUUUCAUUCACAGUCAAAGUAUAUAUACUGUAACUGUGACAUUUCCCAUGUUGGUAAGUGGAUCUCUGUCACUGUGAAUCUUCUGGGUGUGAAUUGAGAGAAACCCUUUUUUGGGGGGUUACAACCUCAAAAUUCAGUCCACUGAGAUUCAAGUUUCUAUCCAGGAUGAUCCUUCCAUCUUCAAUCCUUAAGUUAAUAUACACCUACCACUUCCCUGUUGUCAUAUAAGGUAACAUUCACAGUUUGGGGAAUGGGCAGUGGACAUCUUAUUCAGCCUACCUCAAAGACAGACAAACAGCAAAGGUGGAGUAGCAUAUGAUGAAGAUUGGAGCAAAAGUUAAUGAAAUACAGAACUUAGGUAUAAAAUAACAGACCAGCAAAGGCAAAGGAGAGGAAAGAAUGUCAACAAUAUGGCAGAGAAGGCAGCUCCAAGCUCUUACUCCCCCCAUGGAAACAUCAAAAAACAAGCGGAACCACUACAACCAGCUUU